AACUGACAAUUAUGUGAUUUCUCGCGCGAGUGCAAAAGUUGACUUAACAAUUAGAAAACAUCGCAUAGAGUAUUUUCGGAAAUACAAUAAAGUAUUUGAAAAGCGUGUGUUGAAAAGAAUCUACUACGGGACGGCGAUUGACGUGACAGAUAGCAUUCACGCGCUGCCAGCUGUCACACUCGUACACGCUUGUUAUAAAUGAGCAGUGUUCAAGUACAGUAUAGUAUUCAAGAUGGCCGAUGCGAGUAUGACGGGCGAGGAAAGCCGGCCGAAAAAUAGUGAAUUUUCAAAGAAUCCAGAAAAAAUUCUUAUAUUUAGUGGGAAACGAAAAUCUGGAAAGGAUUUCAUUACCGACGAGUUGUUUGCAAGAUUGGGCAAAGAAAAAAGUGUCAUAAUAAAAUUGUCUGGACCAAUUAAAUCUCAUUGGGCAAAAAUUAAAAAUCUGGAUGCCAAGCAGCUGUUCGGAGAUGGAGAAUAUAAAGAAGCCUAUCGACGGGAGAUGACAAAAUGGGGUGAAGACACGAGAAACAAAGAUUACGGAUAUUUUUGUAGAGCAGCUAUACUUAUGUACAAUGCAAAUGAUAAACCGAUAUGGAUCAUAAGUGAUGCUCGAAGAAAAACAGACUUAAAAUGGUUCAAAGAACAUUAUGCAGAUAAGUGUAAAACUAUCAGAAUAUCAAGCAGUGAAGAAGUUAGGAAAAAUCGGGGCUGGAAAUUUUGCAGAGGUAUUGAUGAUUCUGAAACAGAAUGUGAUCUAGAUGAUGUGACCUAUUGGGACUUGGAAAUAAACAAUAAUGGAGAAGACAUAGAGUUAAUUCUUCAUGAAAUAAUAGACAUUUUAAACUAAUACAAAGUUUUUGUUUAUUUUGUCACUAUUGUAUGAAUUCUACUUUAAAUAAAAAAUAUCUCUAAUACGUUUUAUUUAAGGUGAUGUUCAACGAGUUGAAAACAUUGUAAGAUAUAUUAUUUUAAGAAUAUAUUAAUAAGGAAUUAUAUGUAUGUAUUUAUAGAAAUGGUGAUUGUAAAAAUAAGUUAAAUUCAUUUCGAUAAAUGUUUAUACUGUAUAUAAUAAUAAGGUAUCAAUGUUUAAAAAAAGUAAAUAUUCUGCUUUAAUCUUUCAUUUUUAUUUUGUAUGUAAAAUAUGCUUGCAUUUUAUCAUAAUACAUCUUUAGGCUACGGUGAUAGCUCUUCCGUAUGUACCAAAAACAUAAUCGAAAAAUUGAGUAAUUUUUUCCGAACGGAAGAAACAUAGUAUCCAGGUUUUCAAUUGAUAAAAGCAGUUCGCAGAUAACUGAUUAAAUAUAAAA